CUCUCGUGAUGUGUACAGUGUAAUGAUAGUAGAAAGCUGUAACCUUUCACGCGCGCGCGCGUGUGUGUGGAAUUAAAAGUUAUCUGGAUAAAUGCUCACAGCUCCAGUUCACCUGUAAGUAAGACUGUGCUCGUGACAGAAACUCCACCAUGAGGCGGAAUAAAGACUCCAACUGUGUGGAAGAGUUGUCCCCCGAUCACAACGGUGUGAUUCAGACCAUCUACAGCUCCAUCAGUCCGUCUGAGGAGCAGUCCAACAUCUCCACAUACUUCGAGGAGAAAGUUCCGGUACCUGAAGAUGUCACACAGGUUUUUAGUUUCCGGAAGCUUUGGGCCUUCACCGGACCGGGUUUCCUGAUGAGCAUCGCUUAUUUAGACCCCGGGAACAUCGAGUCAGACCUUCAGUCAGGAGCUGUAGCGGGGUUUAAGCUCCUGUGGGUGCUCCUCGGUGCCACCAUCAUUGGUCUCCUCCUGCAGCGUCUGGCUGCUCGGCUCGGCGUUGUUACAGGGAUGCAUUUAGCUGAAGUUUGUCAUCGACAAUAUCCCACUGUUCCUCGGAUCAUCCUGUGGUUGAUGGUUGAGCUGGCCAUCAUUGGCUCUGACAUGCAGGAAGUGAUCGGCUGUGCCAUCGCCUUCAACCUGCUGUCUGUGGGCAGGAUCCCUCUGUGGGCCGGAGUACUCAUCACCAUUGUUGAUACGUUUGUUUUCCUGUUUCUGGAUAAAUACGGUUUGCGUAAACUGGAAGCUUUCUUUGGUUUCCUCAUCACCAUCAUGGCAGUGACCUUCGGCUACCAGUAUGUGCGUGUGGCCCCGGACCAGGGCGCGGUGUUAAAGGGGCUGUUUGUUCCGUACUGUCAGGGCUGUGGUCCUGUGCAGUUAGAGCAGGCAGUUGGGAUUGUUGGAGCUGUUAUAAUGCCUCAUAACAUCUACCUGCACUCUGCCCUCGUUAAGUCGCGACAGGUGGAUCGAGCAAACAAGAGGGAGGUGAAGGAGGCGAAUAAAUAUUUCUUUAUCGAGUCCUGCAUUGCGCUCUUCAUCUCCUUCCUCAUCAACGUGUUCGUGGUGGCCGUGUUCGCUGAGGCCUUCUACAAUAAAACCAACAUGGAAGUGAAUCAGCAGUGUAAUCAGACUGGAAGUAUACACUCAAACCUGUUCCCGCUCAACAACAACACGCUGCAAGUCGACAUCUACAAAGGGGGUGUGGUCCUGGGCUGUUUCUUUGGGCCUGCAGCACUGUAUAUCUGGGCGGUGGGGAUUCUGGCAGCGGGUCAGAGCUCCACCAUGACAGGGACCUACUCCGGCCAGUUCGUCAUGGAGGGUUUUCUGAACCUUCGCUGGUCUCGGUUUGCGCGUGUGUUGUUAACACGCUCCAUCGCGAUCUUCCCCACGCUGCUCGUGGCCAUAUUCCAGGAUGUUACACAUUUAACUGGCAUGAAUGAUUUCCUCAAUGUACUGCAGAGCAUGCAGCUCCCGUUUGCUCUGAUCCCCAUACUGACCUUCACCAGCCUCACACCCAUCAUGAACGACUUCGCCAAUGGCCUGUUCUGGAAGAUCGGAGGUGGUCUCACCAUCCUGUUGGUGUGUGCCAUUAAUCUGUACUUUGUGGUGGUGUAUGUGACGGCUCUGAAAAGUGUGCUGCUCUACGUCUUUGCUGCUCUGCUCUCCAUCGCUUACCUCUGCUUCGUCAUUUACCUGGCAUGGCGGUGUCUGAUCGCUCUGGGCGUGUCCUGUGUGGAUGUUUGUGGCAGGGUUGUGCAGAGCCACAUGGACUCGUACCUGCUGAACAACCUCGACACAGACCAGGAGCGAUAACACACACACAGCUGGGUUGUUGUUGUUCUUCUUCUUAUUAUUAUUAUUAUUGUUAUUAUUAUUGUUGUUAUUGUUUUUAUUAUUAUUAUUAAGUUUUUAAGGAGUGAAGUGGACACUCUGACCGGAACACUGGACUGUCACUUCCUGUAGUACGCACUACUUAGUGAUGUUUUGUCCCCAACACCAAGCUGUAUAUUUUGAUUUUUAAUGUUUAGCGAGGUUAGCAUACACAGCUAAAGUUCUGAAUAUUAUUUUACAAUCUAUUAGUGAAUUUGCAUACAGCCAAUAGGAGCGCAGGGGGCGUGUCUGUGCAUAAAUCCUGAAACACUCGGAUCUGCGUCAGUCGUUUAUAUCUCUAUUUACAGUUUAUUACAAUAAGCUACUGAAGCCCCUCCCAAUACUCUACAGUGAGCCAUGCCCACUUCCUCACCUGACCUGCUGAAUCACCUGAACACUGAGAGAUUAACACUGCAAUCAUUUCAUUUAACAGCUGACAGAAAUGUUAUUAAAUAAGCAGUUUUACACUUCACUGCAUAAAAGACCAAAAUAUUAUAUUUCAAAUUCUAACAAUUACAGGAGAGCAUUCAUAAAUAUUUUAUAAAUAUAACAUGUAUAAAUAAUAACACACUUCUGACUGCGCUGUAGGAAAAUAAUCCACACUGAGGGGUUUUAUUCAACAUCAGAGUUAAUUAUGUUCCUAUAACAGCACAUCCCCAAGUGUUUUAUUCCUCUUACACCACAACAUCGAUUACCCUCUUCAUUUAUUCAUGAAUGACGCUUUAUACUUUUUAUCCAUUUAUAGCUACAUUUUAUGCUGUGGUGUGUCAGUGAAGCAAGUUAGUUCCUGUUCUCACUUACAUUAUUACAGCAGCUAUAAACACUCGUUUCCUCACCAUCUCUCUCUAUUCUCUCUCUUUCCCUUUCUUUAUUCUCUCUCUCUUUAUUUUCUUUAUUCUCUCUCUCCACAUUACUAGGAUAAAAAACUAAAUACAGUUUGUGAGAAACAGUAAAGAAGUGUAAACUCCUCUGUCCUGAAGAUGUUGAAAAACUUAGUUACAGCUUUAGCUCUGACUGUUACACAGCGCUGACACUGGAGACUCCUUCCAUACAUGUUACAUAAGCUCCUCAACAAAAUUAUCAAAAAUUGUCCGCUGUACACGUCCCUGUGAACGAGCCGUUACUAUAGAAACGAUAAGGUAUUAUAAUUAGAGCGAGCGCAUUAAUAUAAAGCUGCGCUGCUGUCAGAGCUGCUGUUAUAGAGAACUAAUCACAUUCUGAAUGAGGAAUGUAAACACACUGUGGUGUAAAAUGUUUAAAUGCUGAAGUUUCUUUGUGGUGUGACAGUCAGUUGGUUAGAUUUAUGGUGUAUGAAUUUAGGGAUUAUUUUAAUGAUAGUGCUUUAUUUUGAAGCUGAUUUUUGUAAAUGAUAUUAAACUCACGUUUAUCCCAAAGAGAAAGAGACUCUGAGCCAGUGUUAAACAGGUUUAAUUUAGUGUAAAACACUCGCUGUCAUUCAGUAAAUAUGUUAAAUUCCAGGUGUGUGUACACAAUCAGCGCAGUUACUAAAUUAUUAUAGUAAUAAUUAUACAGAUUAUUAAUUAUAUUCUGGUUUACUAUCAUUUCUUUGUGCUAAACGUUACAUUCCGAGUCGCUGAGAGACUCAGAGGCUUUACCACAACUCAGCUCUGUGAUAAAUAAUAUUUAUAUUUAUAUCUAAGUAAUUUAUAUAAAGUAUUUGCUGGAUUCCGAAUGAGAAACUGUUCCAGGUGAAAAGUCACCGUUUGGGAUUUUUAUCUUUUUUACUCUGUGCCUUAUACAGCAGGAAAAUUAAUGUUUUACAGAUUCCUGAUUCAAUUCUACUUCCUCUGACUCCGCCCCUGGCAUUACCUAGUCACGCCCCUGAUGACGGUUCCCACCUGCUCGUGUGAUAAAUAUCACUGUGUCACUAGUGUGUAUCCUGUAAAGCCUCGAUAAAGGUCUAGUCCGUUAUCUCACUUUCAUUUAUUUACAUGUUGAUAAUCAAACAUAGUUGUAGGGGCGUGGCCUGGUCAGAUCGGGGCAGAGCUAAGGCAGGGGAAAAAAACACAGGGUUUGUAACUGAAGCACUCUGUAUGAAGCGUCGUCAUGGCAAAGAGAUUUUAAGACUGGUGACAGUGUUGAUGAUAUUUAAAGUGUUUAUAUUAUAUAUUUUUGGAUAUUUUUAUGACCCAAUAAGCAAAUGAGCUGCUCAGAGUGAAACUCUGAUUGUAAAACAGAUUAUUUGUGAUGUUUGAGGGUUAAUUUGUGCCACAAGUUUUAUUUUCUCUAGCAGAAAAGAAUUCUUUAUUGUGUCCGAAUUUAUACACAUUAAUAAUAAACUCAUCUGAUUUUAUUCACAAA